AGAACCGAAAGCAGUCGGAACCGGCCCCUCGCGUCCUUCACGGGGGAGCCCUUGGGCCGCGUUCCGGCGGCGGCGGGGUCGGGGGGCGUACCGGCCGCCGCGGGGGGCUUUGCGGCGGCCCUCGGGGGUGGUCAGCGCUCCCUGGGCCUCGGGGCAGGUGGCCGGUGCUGGGCCUCCAGGGUGUUACCUCCUGGGCUCCGGGAGAAAUCCGGUCACCUCCCGCCCGCGCCGGCUCCCCCGGGCGGCGGGAGGAGAGGCCCGGCUGCCGGGAAAGGGCACCUUACGCGUGGGAAGUCGUGCGACAGUCAAGGAAGCCGGGUCGCCUGGGUGAAGGAAGGGCGGGAGGUGGUUCAUCAGCGCCGGCCUUAACGAGGCGAGGCUGUGACAUCGUGAGGCGUAUCUCAGCUGACAGGGUCCCUGAGGUGCCCCUAGGGGUGUGGUGAUGGCUCAUUUACAUGGAAAAGGCUGCUCCACACCUGAUGCAAAGCUUUGAAAUGGAUUUCUGACAAUUCCAUUUCUGUACCUUAUAUUGGAGGGGUUUAAAUUCUUCCCUUUUUUAUUGGGUACAACACAUUAAGCAUGAAAGCGGGAACUUUGUUGCUGAAGAGCUCAGCUGCUGUGGCUGUUUAUUUGCCACCUAAAGUUCCCAUCUUCUGUUCGUGACGUACAGCUGGCGGGUACGGCAAUAGAUGUGGUGUCGUGAACUGCAGAUUAUAGCUUCAGGGUUCAUCAGUCAUGGCACGAAGGGCCUUGAAACUUGCCUCGUUGGCGGCAGCCACUUCUGGCAUCUACCUGUAUGGCAACAAGUUCCUGGAUCCCAAUGACUUUGGAGUUGUUCGUGUGGGACGAGCCAUUGCCACAACGGCAGUUAUCACCUAUGACUAUCUCACUUCCCUUCGGAGCGUCCCAUACGGAUCAGAGGAGUAUGACUUCCUCAAAUCACAGGUGCACCUGCGCUCUGCUGAGCGCCUCCGGGAGCUGUGCUGCGCAAACAGAGGCACCUUCAUCAAGGUGGGACAGCACCUGGGAGCGCUUGACUACCUGCUGCCUGAGGAGUACACCCGCACCCUCAAAGUGCUGCACAGCCAGGCCCCGCAGAGCACUAGGCAGGAGAUCGAGCAAGUUAUCCGUGAGGAUCUGGGCAAAGAGAUAAAAGAGCUCUUCGUGAGUUUUGAGGACACUCCGUUGGGAGCAGCAUCACUAGCCCAGGUGCACAAGGCAGUGCUGCAGGAUGGGAGAACGGUAGCAGUGAAAAUCCAGCACCCAAAGGUCCAAGCACAGAGCUCCAAGGAUAUUUUGCUCAUGGAGGUUCUCCUCUUGGUUGUGAAGCAGAUCUUUCCAGAUUUUGAGUUCAUGUGGCUGGUGGAAGAAGCUAAGAAGAAUCUGCCCUUGGAGCUGGAUUUCCUCAAUGAAGGCAGAAACGCUGAGAAGGUUGCUCAUAUGCUCAAGAACUUUGACUUCCUGAAGGUCCCCAGGAUCUACUGGGAGCUCUCAACAAGGCGUGUCCUUCUCAUGGAGUUUAUGGAAGGGGGACAGGUGAACGACAGGGCCUACAUGGAGAGGAAUGGCAUCAAUGUGAAUGAGAUCUCUCGCAACCUGGGGAAGCUCUACAGCGAAAUGAUCUUUGUGAACGGCUUUGUGCACUGUGACCCGCACCCAGGCAACGUGCUAGUGAAGAAAUGCCCAGCCUCUGGCAAGGCCCACAUUAUCCUCCUGGACCAUGGGCUCUACCAGGUGCUGAGUGAGUCAUUCCGCAUGGACUACUGCCGCCUUUGGCAGGCCCUCAUCAAGGCAGAUAUGAAGAGAGUGCAGAAGUACAGCCGGCGGCUUGGGGCAGGAGAUUUGUACCCUCUCUUUGCCUGCAUGCUGACCGCCAGAUCCUGGGAGUCCGUCAACAGGGGCAUUGACAGGUCACCAGUCUCAGCCAGUGAGGACGUGGAAAUCCGUUCCAACGCCGCUGCUUACCUACCCCAGAUCACCCAGCUCCUCAACAACGUCCCCCGCCAGAUGCUGCUGCUGCUGAAGACCAAUGACUUGUUAAGGGGGAUUGAGUCAGCCCUGCACACACGGGCCAGUGCCAGCUCCUUCCUCAACAUGUCUCGCUGCUGCAUCAGAGCUGUUUCCACGUACCAGAGGAGCAAGAGUCACUCGCUUUACAGGAAGGCCCAGAUCUCACUCGCAGAAGCCCUGAGCCUGUGGCAGAUCAACUUGUAUGAACUCUUCCUGUGGCUGAAGGGGUCCCGGAUGGGGAGCUGGGUCAUUGCUCUCCUGAGCCGGAUGCACCAUUCCACGUACUGACACGAACUGGUGGGAGAGGCCCAGGAGCUCCCUCCCUUCCUUCUGCUCUCCACGGCACAUUCUGACUUCUGUGGGCUAUUUUUGGGUCUUGUUCCAUGUUACAUGCUGCACUGUCCUUGCCUGUUACAGCAUUAGCUUUCUAUGUGGCGCUGAGAGGUGGAGUCAGUACCGGAGCUCUGCCGUUUCAUGGUUUAGGAAAAGGAGGUGUGGGAUACCAUGUGUCAGGAAGGACAGGGUACUUUCCCCAUCUGAGCAGUGGAGAUUCCACUCAGAUUCCAGUGGGAUAACACUGGAAGCAAAAGCCUCUCUUUGGCUUUUUCUUAAUCUUACAGAAUUUAAGAGAAUCCCAACCCUGCCUAGAAUGUCCCAAAGCAUUUCUCAGACCCCCAGAGAGAGGUGGUAAGUCCCUUUAAAAUCCAAUAGGGUUUAUAUUAGUUUUUGAAAUCUCCUUAGUCUGAUUUCUGUUCAGGUGUUCAGAGAGUUUCUCAGAGGAGUGAGACCUUGUGGAGAGCUGGCACUAGGACUUCCUCUCCCAGCACCAGGGAAAGGGGCCCUAAUGGUGAGAGCGGUGGACUGGGAGUCGGGCUUUUUGAGGUUCAUCUCCAGUCCUGUCAGCAAGUGCCUCUUUGUUUUUGGACUUUUCCUGGCCUGUUUCCUUGCAGGUGAAAUGGGGGAAGGAGACAAUGGUCUUGCCUCUUUUCUGAAAUUCAGGGAAGGCAGGAGGAAUGACAACUCAGGGCUCUGAAACUGCUGGUAAUGUAUGUGUACUGUACAGUACUGCCACACAGCAAAAUAAAUGUGUUGUAUCAAAGAC